AUGUCUCGCAGCCAAGAGGAAGAAUGUCAAAGCUCUCAGCGGGAAAUAUACUCCCCAAUUUAUUUCCCUCGUCGUCCAGCGCCUGUUGAUGUCGCCAACUACCAUGGCGAAUCCGUUUUCUGUACACCACCUCUUUUCGGUCCUCUCCUUUUCGAUAAUGUGGACUCCGACUGUCGCGACCACUGUGCUAAUGAGAGAACGUUUCUCUCCUACCUCCGCCUUUCCAUUUACAUGACUAUCGUGUCCCUCGCCAUAGUCCUUUCUUUUCACUUGAAAUCUACCCCUACCCAGCUCGAACUGCGCAUGGCACAACCUCUCGGCAUAAUCUUCUGGGUACUGUCUCUUCUUUGCUUGGCCUUAGGAUUUGGGAACUAUAUGAAGACGGUUAAUAAAUAUAGUCGGAGAGUGGCUAUUGUGCAGAGUGGGUGGAAGACUCAAGGGGUACUUUCGACUGUUGCAGUCUCGAUAAUAGCAGUUUGUGUUUUGUUUUUGGCAACAAGUUCAAAAAGAUCCUAG